UAAAUUUUAAACUGAUUCUCCUUUUUGAUGCAGUCUCAAGUCGCAAAUCACCAUCCAUCAGCUUACUAAAACAAGCCAGAAUGGCUGAUCGAGUGCUUGUGAUUGGCAGCGGAGGCAGAGAACAUGCAUUGGCUUGGAAGCUGGCACAAUCUCCACACCUGAAACAAGUACUGGUUGCACCAGGAAAUGCCGGAACAGUCAGUGAUGGGAAAAUGUCUAAUUCAGGUGUUUUAAUUAGCAACCAUACUAUCCUUUCCCAGUUCUGCAAGGAUCAUAACAUUGGGUUUGUGAUUGCUGGACCAGAAACUUUGCUUGCUGCUGGAAUUGUUGAUGACUUGGUAGCAGCUGGAAUUCAGUGUUUUGGCCCUACAGCCAAGGCAGCCCAGUUGGGAACAAAUAGAUAUUUCACUAACAUCUUUCUUGAUCAGCAUGGAAUUCCCACAGCAAGAUGGAAAGCCUUUUCAAAUCCUAAAGAAGCAUGUGCUUUUAUUAACAGUGCAGAUUUUCCUCCACUGGUGAUAAAACCUAGUGGUUUCGGUCCUAGAAAAAAAAUAGUUCUUGCAUCCAACCGAGCAGAUGCCUCUAAGGCAGCACAAGAUAUUCUUCAGGACAACAUGUGUUAUCAUUCUGAAGACUCCUCUGAGACAGUUAUCAUUGAAGAACUUCUUAAAGGGGAAGAAUUUUCAUAUUUAUGCUUUGUUGAUGGAGCCACUUUUAUUCCCAUGCCACCAGUUCGGGUCCAGAAGCAGCUGCUGAAUGAACAUCAGAGUCCAAGCAUCAUUGAAAUAGGAGCCUUUGCCCCUUUUCCUAAGGUUCCUGAAGUUCUUCUGGAAAAAAUUAAAAGCACGCUCCUUCAACACAUUCUUGAAGGUAUGAAGCAAGAAGGUUUGUCAUACACAGGUGUGCUACAAAUAGAAUUAAUGCUUACUAAACAUGGUGUGAAAGUUUUAAGCGUUGGCUGUCAUUUCGGUGACCCACAAUGCCAGAUAAUUCUUCAGCUUCUUAAAAGUGAUCUUUAUGAAGUUAUCCAAGCUGCAGUUGCUGGCCAACUCUGCAAUUCCAUAUUGGCUUGGUUGGAUAAUUGUACUGCUGUGUCAGUUUCCAUGGAAAAUGGCAGCUAUCUGCAAGGUCAUAAAAAGAGCAUAGAAAUCACUGGGCUUCUUCAGGCUAAAGAGUUAGGCCUUGAAAUCUUUCAUGGAGCUACUGUAAUAAAGGAAGGCAAAAUGCUGAGUAAUGGAAACAGAAUCCUUACAGUAACAGCUGUCAAACAGGACAUCAUGUCAGCCCUUGAAGAUAUCUACAGAGGACUAGCAGUCAUUUCUAUCCAGGGUGCAACCUACGGAAAAGAAACUAGCCAUCAAACUAUUGCAUUCUUCCGACAAUUUGUGUCCCCAUCAUAUGAAGAUAGAAUUUCAGAUUCCAUAGCAUGCAGUAUCUUGGAUCAUUCAUCUGUGUUAUCCACUGCAAGGGGUACCAAGCUAGGUUGCCCUGGGCAUGAUGCGAUCAUGCCAGCCUUCUUUGAUUUGAGAGCCUCUGGUUAUCGUGAUCCCAUUCUAGUAUCCCAUGCUAAAGGCAUUGGGUCAAAACUUAAGAUUGCCCAGUUGUGCAAUAAGCAUGACAUGAUUGGUCAGGACUUGGUGGCUAUAUGUGUCAAUGACUUGCUGGUUCAAGGAGCUGAACCUCUCUUCUUCCAUGGCCAUUUUGCAUUUGGAAAACUGGAUGCUGGUGUGACUCAGCUCACUCAGGGUAUCUCAGAUGGGAUAGCUGCAGCUUGUAAACUGGCAGGAUGUACUUUCCUUGGAAGAGAAACUAAUGAAAUGCCUGCCACUUGUGUAGCUGGAGAAUACAACCUGGUUGGCUUUGCAGUUGGUGCUAUGGAGCGAGGCAUGAGGUUUCCUCGGCAAGGGAACAUUGUCAGUGAAGAUAUUGUGAUUGGAAUAGCUUCUUCAGGACUUCAUCACCAAGGAUUUGAUCUUGUGAGAAAGAUUUUUUUAACAUCGUCCCUACACUAUUUCUCUCCAGUUCCUGGUGGACAUGGCAACCAUACUUUAGGAGAGCAGUUGCUAACUCCAACCAAAAUCUAUAGCAGAUCCCUCCUUCCUGUCCUCCGAUCAGGAAAUGUAAAAGCCUUUAUCCAUAUUGCUGAUGGAGGAUUGUUGGGUGGUUUUUCCCAUAUCCUUCCUGAACGCUUUAGUGUUGUUUUGAAUACCUGUGAGUGGAAGAUUCCAUCAAUUUUCUCCUGGCUCCAAGAGGAAGGAAACCUCUCAGAAGAGGAGAUGGUGCAAAUAUUCAACUGUGGGAUUGGUGCUGUUUUAGUAGUCCAGAGAGAAGCUGCCAAGCAGGUGCUGAAGGAUGUCCAGAAACAUGAGGACGCAUGGGUGAUUGGAAAGGUUGUCCUCCGAACUGCAGGGUAUCCCCAGGUAGAAAUCAAGAAUCUCUCUGAAGUCCUGCUAAAAAAUAAAUGGCCAUUUUUGAAGGAUGUUUCAAAUGUAGACAAUCAACCUCAGAUCAUACACAGAAAGCAUAAAGUUAAAGUAGCUAUCCUUAUUUCUGGAACAGGUACAAGUCUUUCAGCACUCCUGUCAUAUGCAAAAGAGCCUGCAAGUUGCUCUCAGGUAGUCCUAGUAAUUGCCAACAGAUCUGGGGUGGAAGAACUAAGGAAUGCAACCUUGGCUGGGAUCCCAACCAGAGUAAUUGAUCAUAAACUGUAUGGAAGCAGAUCAGAAUAUGAAGGCACAAUUGACAGUGUCCUUGAAGAAUUCUCUAUUGAAUUGAUUUGUCUAUCGGGAUUCGUGAGAAUUUUGUCUAGUAACUUCCUUAGGAAAUGGUAUGGAAAGAUGUUGGGAACUUACCCAUCCAUUUCACCAUCAACUAAGAGAAUUAACACCUAUAAUCAAGCACAUCCAUCUAUAGACAAAAUUGUUGGCUGUACUGUGCAUUUUGUACUUGAGGAGACCAGUCCUGAAGCAAUAAUUGUACAAGAGCCGGCAUAUACAAAGGCAGAAGAUCCACAGGAGGCCCUAUCUGCAAAGAUCAAAGAAGCAGAGAACCGGAUCUUUCCCAUGGCUCUGCAACUGGUUGCCAGUGGAAUGGUGCAGUUAGGAGGAGACAGAAAAACCUAUUGGAAAAGAGAAAGACAGGAGCUAAACUGCCAAGAGGAAAGGCAGGAUUGUUAAUGCUUUUGUAGCAGCAAUUUCACGUAGUGAUGAAUGACAAUGAUUGAGAUUCUAAAUUCAGUUUUGGUUUCAGUCUGUCACUUCCGUUUAUGCAGCAACUCCCCCCCCCCUUUGCUUAUAUACUAUAGUUACAGCUUUCCUUCCAUAAACCAGAGCAUUAGAACCAGCAACGGCUCCCAGGGGUGA